AUGCUCAUACAAUUAUAUUUACUCUUGAUUUUACAAAUACUUUCAUGUUUUGCUACCGAAGCUAAGCCAAAAUUAACUUUUGAUGAAUUUUUUGAUUAUACUACGUUUCCAUUCUUGAAAUUUUCUCCAACUGGUCAACAUUUGCUCAUUCAAACAAGACAUCCAUCAUGGAAUGCUAGUGCUUAUGAGAAUACUUUGUGGCUUUAUGACAUACAAAAUCAAACAAAAAAAUUAAUUACAACAAAUCUUCAUCAAUCAAUCAAACCACAAUGGUCACCGAGUGGUGACUACAUUGCAUUAAUACCAAAAGCUCAUGCUUUGGUAAAUAAGACCAAUGAUCAGCAAUCAGAACAAUAUAUUUAUUUAUAUUCUCUUAUAUCACAUGAAUUAUUUCCUAUUCAAAUUGACAAAGAUAUUCUAUUAGCUUUUACAUGGUCUAAUAAUGAUUCAUCUGUUUACAUAGCUGUCAUUGAUUUAUGGUCAAUAGAUAAAGAAAAUGAAUUAUAUAAAGAUGAAUGGAAAGAUGUUAUUCAAUAUCGACAACAUGUAGUGCGUAGUAACAGUACAAUCUAUCGUAUUGAUCUCAAUUUAAACAAUCUCUCAUUACCUGUGGAAAGAAAUAUUGUUCGUAAUGUAUCCUUUCUUAUUAAUCAGUUAUUAUAUGUUUCCUAUGAAGAGCAACUCAUCGUCUCAUCCAUGUCGAAACUUGUCGAAAAUCUAAAUGAAUUUGAACUAUAUUCGAUUGAUCUUCGAAAUACAUCGAAAUUGUCAAAAUUAACAAAUAAUGAAGCAAUCGAAAUAGAAUUACAGUUAUCGAUUGAUGGUCAUCAUCUCCUUUUUCUUACAUUCAGUCUUAGUUCUAAUAAAGGAAAAUUUAACGAUACACAAUAUCGUCUUUAUUCAUUAAACUUAAUGAAUGAACAACUAACACGUUUAGGAGAAACAUUUCAUGGUAGUAUCAAUGGAUACACAAUAAAGCAUGAUUCUGGUGUUUAUAUACUCGGACAAUUAGGAACAGAAAUACAAAUUUAUACAGAACAAUCAUCAACGAAAGAUUUAAUUCAUCACCAUGGAUGGAAUGGAACAUAUGAAUCGAUUGUAUCAUCAAAUAAGAAUGGAUCAAUUGCAUUUGUUUAUUCAUCAUUCGAAAAACCUAUGAAAGUUUAUUUCAUUAACAAUAUUGAUCAAUUGAAAUCAGCACAAGCAAUAACCAAUGAAAAUGACUUGUUUACUCGAAGAAAUUUACCUCAAACAAAAAUAUACAAUUGGAUAAAUGAAGAUGAUCAUCGAGUGAUCGAAGGAAUCCUACAUUAUCCACCUGAAAUGUUUGAAUCUAAAAAUUUAUCCCUGUUAGUGCUUAUUCAUGGAGGUCCAUAUUGGGCUAGUCUAAAUAGACUUGAGCUGGCUUGGCAUGAUUGGGCUUCAUUGGCAGCUUCAGAAGGUUGGCUGGUAUUAGAACCUAACUAUCGAGGAUCAACAGGCUAUGGUGAUCAAUUUCUCAAUGAAAUUCGUUAUAGACCACUAUCUCGACCAGGAAAAGAUAUUCUUUGUGGAGUUGAUCGAUUGAUUAAAGAUGGCAUUGUUAAUCCACAUAGGCUUGUCGUUGGUGGUUAUAGUUAUGGUGGUUUCUUAACAAAUUGGUUAAUUACGCAGACUAGACGUUUUAAUGCUGCUCUGUCAGGUGCUGGCGUUGUUGAUUAUGCUUCAGCAUGGGGUAUGAUGGAUAUGCCUCUACCGCUCAGCUACUUGUUCGGAGGGUUUCCAUGGGAAGUACCAAAUAUUUAUCAAAAUGAAGCACCUAUUUAUCAAUUAGAUAGAAUACAUACACCUACACACAUCAUCACUGGUCAAAAUGAUAAUCGAGUUCCUACAUCUCAAAGUUAUAUAUUAGAACGAGGACUUCAUUAUCUUGGUAUACCAGUUAAAUUAAUUAUUUUUCCAAAGGAAGGACACUCAGUGACUGGAAAUCCUUGGUAUGGAAAAAUAAAAGUUCGAGAAGAAUUGAAGUGGUUACUAAAAUAUGGUAAUCAAUCACUGAACAACAAUGAGCUAUCUAGUAACAGUGAAAAGUCGAAAUUCGCUUAUUCUUUACAAUUAUAUAUGUUCUUGUUUUCGAUUGUCAAAAUAAAGAAGACGUAACUUUUAUCGAUUUUGGGUGUAUAUCGGUGCAGAUUCACACUUAAUUCAAUCACAGUGUGUCCAGAUUAUGUAGCCGGAUGACCAUUCACUCAGACGUGAAGUUCUUAUAUAGAAAAAGAAGCAAACCUUGCUUGUUUUAAAAGAACAUCUUACUAAGAUUAGCAAGGCAAGACAUGUAUAAAAGCUUGCCAGCGCAGUUCGUUUGGGGCUAGAGUGUGGAACUCACAUAGAUUCUUUAGCUUCAUAAUAGUAAUAGACAAUAAAGAAGGGUGGGGUGUGGGGUGUAGAUGUCGCCUAACAGAAGUGCUACACCUACAUCAUCACAGACAUACUGGACAUCUUAAAUUUGAAUCAACAGUUGUGUCUAUGGUUGAUCUAAAUAUGAAAUAUGAAUUAUAAUCGGCUCGGAAAAAUAAGAAUAUAACAAAUAAAUAUUCUUAAACGAUCUAAACUUCAUCAUUGUGUGAAGAAAAGAAAACGCAAAUCGGAGAUUUGUAUGUUUCAAUCUACUUAAAAUCCAUCAAUCACAUUAGAUAUUGUUUCUAAAUGAGUCGCACAUUUAACGAGUUGUAAAUUCUUUUUUUUCUAACGAAAACCUUCAUAAAUAUCAUGAUGUUCAUGUUGAAUACGACUACAAAUGAUUUAUGAACUAAAUUCAUCAAAAGAACAAGAAUUAUUCUGUAUAAUGGUUCUGAGAAUUGUGAAAUUAAAACGCACUGUCUAUUUUUUUUUAUUGACGUGUGUUACAAAGAAUGACAUAGAAAAGGUUGAAAGAAAAACAUUAAACGAUAGUCACGUCGAAAAAAAUGUCAAGAAUGCUAGUAUAAGAUAGUUUAAUCUUUUCAGAUGUAAAUACCUUCGCCGAUGUUUUGAGAAAGAAGAAUUUUUUUAAAAUCAUACAGAAGUAGAACUCAUCGAGUCCGAAAAUUCCUGCGUCCAACUGAUUAAAAUUUCUUGGGCCCAAACCCAGAUCCGUUCGAUCAAAAUUGUUGGAUUCGAAUCUUGUUGGUUAAUCUUUUGUGGCUAGAGCUCAUCUAAUCCACAAUUUUUCUGGAUUCGAAUCCCUUUGACUAAAAAAUUUCAGAUCCGGAUUCGAUAGAUCCUGUAUAGAAGUGAUUUUGUAGAGAAUAGAAAAAAUUAAAAAAGUGACAUUAAAGUAAGGAUGCAUGUUAACUAUUAAGAUUCAUUUGUUUUGCUUUGUUACAGUUAAUGACAAAGCAUCCAAUAAUUAAUUAAGAUCAAUUUCAUUAUUUGUAAAGCAUUCAUUUACAGUAUUAAUACGUUGUUUUGUUGAAUUAAUUAAUGCCGUUUUUUAACGGUCACGAGCACCAGCAUCGAUUGGUAAUAACAUGUGUCUGGAUCUGGAUUGAGCUUCUUCAUCUUGACGACACAACCUAACUGUAAAAUGCCUAUUUACGCUAUUUUCAAUUUUUUUACGUUCGAUAUUUCUUCUUUCGAAGUUAUUUUUGCGACCUUUUUUAUGAUCGACAUUUUUUCUGAACCUUUUUAGUUUUGACAUUUUUUUUGUUUCUGACUUUCCUAUGUAUACGGUUAUAAAGACUGAAAAAAUUUCAUUCGUAAACAUUUUCAUAUUAAAUACUUUCUUUUCAUCAUGAAAAGAAAGUUAAAACUAUCCGCCUUCUUAUUUUAUUUUUUUUGCGUGUGUUAAGUGCACAAAAUCAUAUUUGAUAUUGAUAGAGCUCAUUGAAAUUUAAUUGAAAAUAGUGGCUCUCAUUGAAAAAUGGGACGCUAUUUGUGAUCGAAAGUAAAUUUUUAAUCUAUUUCGUUUACCACAUGUUAUUCUUCUUUGAAUUCUGUAAAGAUUGAUUUGAUAUUCCAUUGAAAGCUUCUAUUUCAAUGAGAAGGAGUCUCGAUCUAAUUAAUAAAAUAUAAAUGCAAAUGUACAUUACUAUUUCGGGAGCAAAUCUUGAUAUAAUUCUUGUUUGUAUAGAAGUUUGACAUAAAAAAAAUUUGAGCGUUUUCAACCCUUUUAUUUCAAUAAAAAAGUUGGAAAAAAAGGAUGGCGAGUAUCGAUUUGAUCGACAACCUUAGUCCCGAAGGACCAAAUGUGAUGCUUCUGUCUCAUAACAUUGAGUUGUGUUUAGCCAUCGAUCGCGGCUCGUCGUUCUUCUAUAUGAAUUAUGUUCUAUUCAAAGUGCAACAAGUUAUAGGUUGUGCAAUUCUCGUUUUUACUUGUCUAUGUGUCAACACUGAGUGUAGGUAUUGCGAAAGUACAAAAAUAUUCUUUGAUAAUAAUCUCUACAGCAACUAAAAUACCAGAGUCAUCACACUAUCACGAUUUAAAACGUUUGUCUAGAGACAAUUAAAUAUUUUAGUCAUGAGUUUAUGCAGUAGAGAAUUCAAUACUGUACAAAAUUGUUAUGUUUGCUUCAAAAUCUGAGAAAGUGUACAUAUUUCUUUGACCUUCAUUAGUAAUCCAGUUCAGUUAUGAUUGUGCUUUUUUAUUUUACAAAAAAUGUUGAGAAGAUGAUAUUGAAUCAAGCAUGGGCUACAAUUUUGGUCGUCUCCCUUUCGUUUUGGUGAUAUCAAGAUAUUUCGCGCUACUAAGUUUUUUUUCACCGUGAUUUCUUCGAAUAAUUCAAAAACCCACAUCAGAGGUUACAUAAUUUUGAUGUCGAAUACUGCAGCAUAGUGUGAUCUUCUUUCAAAAGUUUGCGCUGAGGGUGUGAGUGUAUGAAACAAAGACUUCUGCAGACAUCCAUACCUACACCCUUCUUGAUAUCGUUAUGCGAAUCACCCAGGUGCCCCGCAUGGGCGAAUUACUGUCUGACCUGCAUAUCUGUCAACGUUUUUAACGGCUGUUUAUGAUCUGCCAGCAUUUCAGAUUUGGUUCGUAGUAGUGUAGGUAUUAGAUUUAGCAACUUAAAUUACGACCUUCUUGUUAUGCUAUCGUCAUCCUCAAAAGUGCCUUCCAGCAAUCUUAGAAUCUCAUAUUUUACCAUGAGAUAGCACUGUUCUAGUGAAAGUUCCUAUACCAUGAUUCUUAGUAUUCUCAUUAAAAAGAUUCUUAUUCGAAGUUAUUGGAUUCCUGCUUCGGAAGAGUAAUGUCUCCAAAACCUGCAUUAAUAAACUAUCAAUUCCCUGUCCUGAAUCUAGGAAAUUUAUCAAAUACGAGGUAGAAACGAUCUGUCUCACAUAGAGAUGGUAGAACUUCAUCGUCGACGAGAAACCACGUGGACGUGGGCUGUGACUAUGAAAGCAUGUAACCUUAAAUGCACAUCCAAACUAAGAAAAUCUUUCCUCCAUCUAAGAUCAGUCCUCUAGCAUUCUUGAUAUAUCUUUUAGCAAAAGGACAACGCUUUUAACGAUUCAGAUCAUUCCUAAGGAUGUAGGUGUGAGUGUGAGUGCCGGUGUGUUUCUCGGUGUACGAAUGCGUGUGCAUAUGCGUUUGCCCUAAAGCACAGUCACGCCUACACCCACACCACACCCUAAACCUUGAACACCUGUACAUUCAGGCAUUGUCACCUGCAUUCAUCUCACACCAGCAUCCACACUACCCCCUUCACCCAAAAGGCGAUAUUGAUCUAUUGAAAACGCUCGAAGUUAUCAUAUGGAUGGUUUUAAUUUACCAACCAAUCAAUAUGGUUGUGUAGAUAAGAAUUUUUAUUUUUAUGUCAAUCUCCGGGAGAACAUGGAAAUCAAAAUACUUAUAUAUUGAGAUAUAAUUAGUUUUACAUUGAUAAUAAUCGAAAUACAAAUGCAAUGGUUAUUCACAGCUUUUCGUAUUUAAUCACAACUUGAUUAUUUUCAUCAACCGCGUAGAUAUUAAGAUUCGAGUCUAACGUAACAUCGUCUGGUUGGCCAAGUGUCGGCGUACUAUCAGCACCGCUGACUACAACCGUACCAACCGUUGAAUUAGCGCAAUACAUUACCACUCGACUAUUGUCGCUGUCAGCAACGUACAAGUUUCCAUAUGAAUCGUGCCUCAUGCAUUUUGGGGCUUUAAGCAAUGAAGGAGUGACAUUGACAUGAGUAAGAGUUACUCUAUGUGAUGAUGCACCAAAAGUCCAUAAAUAGACAGGAAUUGUAUCUUCGGAGCUAACAUAGGCCUCAUUGGAUGAGUAAAGUGAUAGUAAACUUCCAUAGAAGCUAGGAGUCGACGCGGAUCCAAUGACAAUGGUACCGUUUGUUGCAUUCGGAACCCAUUUCAUAACUCGUUUAUUGUUUCCAUCAAUAAUAUAAAGAUUUAAGUCAUCAUCGAUAUCUACGCCUAAAGGAUUAUUGGGACGAUCGAGUGCUGAUGAGCUAACACCAUUUUUUCCUGCAACAGUAGUGCCAUUGCUGAAUUCUGGAGGAUAGAGUAUUACUCGAUUGUUAUUAUGACUGGAUAAAUAGAUAUAUCCAUUCUUGUCAAAAGUAAAAGCCUCUGGAUGAUCACCAUCAACAGUAGUAUCGAUCACUGUGACACCAUUGGCUGCCCCUUGGAUUCAUUGUUGGAUGCGGUUGUUGUGAUGAUCGCAUACAUGCAAUGUACCAUUUGCAUCGAUGUAGAGCAAUGUAGGUUCCCGAAAUUGACUAGCACUCAAGCCACGUGAACCAUCACCCGUGACUCUUUUGCCAGUCUGAUUCCAACGAAGACUCAGACCUUCAAAACGUAAACAUACGUGUGACCAUGGCAAUAAAACAUUGCUUACAUGAAUCAUAGGCUGCUGUAGUCGUGGUUGAUGUUGUCACUAGAAAAUCAGACGGCAGCGCAUGAUUGUAAGAUGCCCGCCAUGGGAAUUUCGAGUAAAACUUUUUUUGCCGUUUUUUUACAUCAUUUGAUAGAGCGAGAGCUGCUGAUCACGAAAAUCUACUUUUUAGCCUUAACAAAUGCUUCCUUCCGGUCGAAAAAUACGAAAUACUCAAAAGGUGUCGUUUUUCGAGAAAAAACACAUCUUUUUAAAAAUAUGCAAUAUUUUCUAUUUUGUUCUUUUUUUCGACUUCUAAAAAUAUUUUUUUCAGAUUCAGCAUCAAAAACUGAGUAUAUACGAGUUGUUAAAUCGACUCUAGAGUCGAAACUCUAUUGGUGGUGGCGCUUGGAAUCGUGUGGAACGAGAUAUUUAUGGGUCGAUUUUCUAAACCCAUCAAGUUUUUCUACGUAAGCGAUAGAGCCAAAUAUCUUGUUUCAUUCUAUUUAUCAUAUCACC